UGUUCCCCCGGGGAAGCUUGAAGAGGUGGGACUCCUGGCCGGGGAAGCUGCAGAAGUCCUUUCUACUUGGGUAAAAUGCUCUAUAAAAUGUCUUAAUAAGUUUCUCCAGCUACCUGACCGUGCUGCAAGUAUAUAAAAUACUUUAGCUCUUUUAGCGACUUAACCAUGUUUCGCUGUUCUUUUGUCGGAUAAUGUUGCAUUGGGAAACUUUGCGUAUGUAGAGGCCCUGUCAACUGUGUAUUGAUUUAUCAAAACAUAAAUGUAGUUAGUCUGUUGGCUACUUAUUAGUCAUUAGUUCGCAGUAGAAUUCCGUUAAACUAAAUCGAUGGGGAAUGGGUCAGACAGUAAUGGGUCCUGACUUUCGUGGAUAGCAGAAUUCGAACUAAAAAAUAGUAUCUUAACUGGUUUAGUUCCUGUUUUCAAUGAAAGGAAAAAAAUAAGUGUGCUGUGCUUAGUAAAACUGAAAACUACGCUCGAGGGAGCUGGAGGAAGUUGACGGUGUGUUGCAGGCCGUGAGAGGAUGUGGAUAAGGAGGGAGAUUUAGUUUUAGAAAAAGGAGUACAAUGAGCUUCUCUUCUGGGACUGGAGCGGAGGUGCUGGCAGCCCCCAACGGGCUGGGCUUAUCAGGGUCGCUGAGCUCCAGUGAUGAGGAGAGCAGCCCUGAGCUGGAGCCCCCAAAGCAUGAGAGGGCAACUAGCUUGGCACCAGGAACGAUGGCAGGUUCCCCCAGUGACACAGUGGACUGUGAGAGCAGGCUCGAAGCCUGUAGAGAUGCACAAGUGGAGACAGUGGCUGUGUACAUGUGUACUGUUGUUGAGCCUGCCGAAAUGGUACAUCAGGGAAACGCACCACACAUCACCUCUGCAGAAAUGCAUGAGGCCGACCCCCCUGCAGGAACACUGCAUGCUGCAGCUGAUGACCACGAGGCCUGCCUUCAGGAGGAGGUGCUGAGUGGAGAAGCAGGGGACGAGCACCCUGCAGCCACCACUGUGGUCACUGCACCAAAGGGAAAAACUCAGCUGCCCUCUCACACAUGCCCAAAGGGGCAGGAGGGUGACCCCACGUCCCCCCAGAACCAGGAGGCCCCCAGACCCACACACGUGAUGGCGCAGGUGCAUGUGAGGCCCGGCCCAGAGCAGGAGAGGGUCGCACGCGGCAUGCAGGACAGCAAGAGCUUGGACGAGAUCAGCAGAGCUUACGGCGAGCCGUGCGGCAGGGGUGGGCAUCCUGAGGGGCGCAGGGCCACCAUCUCCAGCGCCCUGGAGCUGGAGGGCACCGUCAGCCAUGACGGGGACCUGACACAUUUCAUCGCCAGUAAUCUGGAGCACAAGAUCAAGAUGAGCCACAGACUUGAGCCGGACUCUGACUCACACUGUGCAGUGCAGAACCAGGCUCCAUCCGAGCAUGCCGCACCGUCUCGUAGCUGCCUGCGACCUCCCCCAGACAUCCCACCCAUCGACCCAAACGUACUGCUGGACCUGCAGAGGCAAACGCAGGCAGUGGCCCAGAGCUUAGACUUAAUGAUGCGUGGACUCAGUGGAACCGUCCAGAACAUGACUGCACUGAGCGUGGGCUACAUCCAGACCUACAGGGACUCUGUAGACAGCGUUGGAGAGUCUGUGGACAUGAGUAUAAAGGGCAUGUAUACUCUGAUGGCACGCUGCGAAGAGCUCGACCGGUCCAUGCAGCCCAUCCACCAGCUGGCCAAGCAGAUCCGUGACAUCAAGACCAUGCUAGAUACCCUGGAAGCACUUUGCAAGUGACCUGGCUGAGCCACGCAGCUGGUGUCUGCACUGUGUGUGUGUGUGUGUGUGUGUGUGUGUGUGUGUGUGUGUGUGUGUGUGUGUGUGUGUAAGAGAGCGUGUUGGUACUAUUUUUGUGCCUGAAUGUACAGCAGGAGCUUGGGCUCAGUUUGCAUCGGUGUUUGUUGCCGUGGAAGGGCUUAGCGCCCUUGUGCGUGCGCUGCAUUGAAAGAGCGUGAGUGAUUGGCCCAGCAGAGACUGAGAGGAGCUGUUCGUCCAAUCCCUGGUGGCCUCCAGGCACCAUGCCAGGCAUAAAUCCCUCUGACUCCCGUUCCCGCCUCCAGCACGCCCAUGUGAUGAUGAGAGACGGGUCCUUCCCACCGCAGAAAGGUGCCGCGAGCAUGACGGGUCUCCAUCAGAGAGGCAUAGCAGCUUGGAUCAGAGCUGCGAUCAUUAUGUCGGGUCAGGUCUAACCUCAGCGGCCAAAGAGUUUUUUCUGCACUCCUCUAUAACCUGUAAAUGUAUCAUAUUUGUAUAUAUGUUCCCUGUAAUUUUUAAUUUAUUAAAAUUGUUUCAGUUAUAUACUUAAAAAUAAUUUUUUAAGGAUCUCUUGUUUCUAUUUUAGGAUCAAAGUUGUGUUCCUAUUCAACUCUUUUAUUCAGGAGUAAAGCACACAGACUACUGACGACAUAACUCAAAUUUAACAAUAUAACAUAAUUGUUGGCACUGACCAUAGGGGUAGUGUAGAGGUGAGUGUCUCUACACUGGAGCUCUGGGCAGACAUACGGGAGUGGAACAUAGAUGCUUUGCUUAUAUAUCUUGGUAACGGCAAACAUUCAAAACGGUACAAUGACCUUAACCUACUGAAACGCAUGAGGGGUGGUGUGUAAUUCGGGAUGUUAGAGGUCCGAGCCUGUAUCUGGGGGGGUCAUGGGUUUGAAUCCCAUGGAUGGCAGAGUACUCAUUACUCUUUGGUGGACAAGACCCUCAGCCCCAGUUACUCUACAGGUGCUGGAUGCUGGUUGACUCUGUGCUGUGACUCCUAACCCUAACCCUGCUCUCAUCUGUAUAUUUCCCCCUGGGAUCAAUAAAGUUUAUCUUGUAUA